AUGCACAGAAUAGCCCGUACAGCCGUGAUUGUGGACAGACCACAUGAUGCACUGGCCAUCACAAUCAAUCACUUCCAGUGUACCGCCGAGGAAUGCACAAAACCAGAGGCAAUGCGAAAGAGUAGCUCUCCUGUAGAGAAGCGGGAUAGCGCCUCGCGUCCCUUUACUCUCGGCUGUGGAAUUGAUCCCGUCACAGGCCUGCGACGGAUCAUGAUCAUCAGCUCCCAGCCCUACGCCAAUAGCGGCAAUGGUGAUAAGUUAGAGCGCGUAACUGCGUUAACUGUUCGGUUUGCUCUCGCCAAUGCGGCUGUCUGUACCGAUACCAUUACUGACCCUAAUGCCCCCAAUAACAUCUGGAUCUUGAUCUUUAGCGGCAAGCAACCGAUUGGCGAUGCCCCCUGGCAAAACAUGAAUGCACCAGAUAUCACCAGUGCCACGGCUGCGUUGGAUGAACUGAGGAUGGUUAUUUCUGUGUUCAGUUACCUGAACAGCCCGGAUGUGACUCGCCACCUGGUUCGCACAUUCCGUGCCGCGAAUACUGAGUGGCAGACUUUCCAAGCCACAGUCAAUCUGGUUCACCCGGGCACCGAUUUCAGUGCCCCUGUACUAUGUAGAGCCUACAUGGUUAACUUCAUGGAACGGAUGACCCAAUGGGUGCGACCAUGGAUCAAUGGCCGUCUUCUCGAAUUGGAAACCUUGUGGCAGCAGGUUUAUAAUGCAGCUCCAAAUCAAGCAACACGGAUUGCUGCUUUCAGUAUUCUUCAGCUGAUUCGUAAUCUCCGGGAGGAGCUCGAAAGUGUUGUCGAUUUUGAUACGUCGGUGUUUGUAUUCAUUUUAAAAUCAUAA